GCUGACGUAAACAAUGUUUGGAAUGCUGCCGACGCAAACUGAGGACGACGGUGAAAUACUCUGAAAUGACAAAUGGGGACUGCAAACAAAUGUGCCUUUUCUCAGGCAGUACAGAAAUGUCUGUGUUUCGCUCCAGAGUGGCUGGGAGGGGCUGGAUGCCCUUAGAGGUGAUUACAUUUGUUGUAAUGUUUGUGUAUGUUUUAAGAAUUGGUGUGGAUUUGUCAUUUGCUCUUGGAUCAAAUUACAUAAACAAUACUCAUGCCUAUAGCAUCCUGACUGUAUAAAGUAGCAUGUAAUUAUUCUAUUUUUAUUUAGGCUCAUUUAGUAUUUAACAUGGUUUAUUAUCAACUGAAAUAGCAUUUAAUAGCACUGACAUUUAGUAAAGUUGUAAUUUCAGUGUUUCAAUAUGUGUGUUAAUUGAAAUGGCAUAGACAUUUUGUUUUGUUGAUCUUUAGUUGGAAAGAUCAACAUUGUGCAAACUGAUGAAGAAUCAGAAAUGUUGGAAUGUUGAUUGAACAUAGUUUCAAUAACUCUUUGCUAUCUUUACUAUCUCAAUAGAGUAACCCACGUUUUAAAAGACAACAAACAAUCAAUUAUCAAAAGAUUGUGACAAAUGUGCGCAUAAUAUAACAUCCAAUAUUAUUUAUUACUAAUAAUAAUGUUGUUAUUAUAAUAGGUAAAACAGACAUUUCCAAGCAAUAUACUACCUUUUGAUGACAUUGUAAAGCUCACCUCUAUGCUGCAGUGUUGAAUCAGGAGGCGUGAUGACUGAAAUGCAACUUCUGUGCGAUUAUUAAAGCAACACAACACUGUUUAUCACUGUUGGCCGAGACCACGACACUCCAACUCCUACACCCGUAACUGCAACAACAAGUCACCCCUAAUAAUUAUGUCUCAAUUAACCCGCAUUGCCCUCUGUCAGCUAAACUAGUGCAAAACAAGGCCGUAUAAACAUCUGGACUCAAAAUAACAGGAACACAAACUCAGAUCAUUACAAUUUACAUGUGUUAUUCAAUGAAUCUGAACAAAAAGGCUGGAAAUGUCAACAAACUUACUAGCCAAAAAUAUCUCCCCUAAACCAACUGUGGGUCCUGACCCUGUGUGUAAUAACUGAUAUAUGUCAGUGAAAACAGCCAAAGUGGAAAACAGCAUAUUUGAUGUGCAGCUGGUUUGGUCCAAGCUCUUUUGUUCAUAGCUUUUCCUGCAGUGUUCUCCUCUCAAAUGUUUGUUUUGUUUUUAGCUUUUUACUUUAUCAUCCGCAUUCUGUUAUUUUCUGUAUAUUUCUCCAACUCUCAUGCUUUGCUUUGGUGUCUGACACAUAUUUUCAAGCAUUAAAAGCAACAUGUACUUUUUGGUUGCUAUGCCAUCCCUAUGUGGUAAGGUUUCAGUCCAUUAAAGAUUCUCUCUAAUUAAUUAUGUCGCUGUCUAAAUAUGCAAAAUAAGGGAUUAUCCACAAGCUGACAAUCCCUCUGUUUUUAUGUGCUACCAUUCAAAUAUACUCUCUUAAGGUUGUGUGAAAACAUGUCAAUGACUGUUCUGAGUCAUCCAGGCCAUUGCAUCUUCAAGAGUGUCCAUAUUGGCAACUGGACUUGCUUGAGUUGGUUUGUUCACUUCUAUUUCCACACUUUUGAAGUUGUGUGUUAACUUUGCAAACUGUAGACGACCACAGACAGUCUGUAUAUGUCACACAAACACAAAAUCCCCUCGUUACCAGCACCAGUGGCAACCCCUGGACCAGUGGAAAGGAAAUUUAGCAUGCAUCCCUGUAGAGGAUUGCUGGUUUGAGUCCCCACCACGUCAGAACAGUCAUUAACAUGUUUUCACGCAACUUUAAGACAGUAUUUUUGAACGUGAACAACUCAGUGCUGCUCUCUGCUCCUAAUUCUAGGAAAGUUCCUAAUGGAGGACGGGUUAAAUGCAGUGAGGAAUUUCCCUAUGGGAAUUAAUAAAGUACAAAUAAACCUAAUUGUGGAUUUUGACAUGUGUAUAUGUUUGUAGUUUACUUCACUGUUGCUCUGCUCCACUGUAAAUUCACUUGUUAUCCUAGUCACUGGUGUUAAUCCCGCUUACUCCAUUUUCCCUUUUGUUGCCAUGGAUAUGCUAUUCCUAUGGCAACGGCAGGCCUUUAUGGAUGGCCUCAGGCCCCCACCAUAGAGAACUCUCUGAACCUUUCAUUAAACAUUCCCUUCAAGCUUGCAGAACAAUCACACAAGUAGUACAUACUCUUACACUCUGUCUUUCUCUCGCUCUAUCUCUCUUUCAUCUUUUCCCACUGCUAUGUAACUGCUGUCAUACUUUUAAAUCCUUGAAACACUCGAUGUACGAGACAGCACCACGGCUGUUUAUUUUCUAACGGCACUUUCUUUUCUUUUUUGUAAAUUACACCCUGGGCGCUCACUGAUACUGGAUGCCAGAGCUGGUAUCAAGAAGGCAAUGAUCAGAUUUGUAACACGCAUAUCACUGUCAAGAGUCCGCACCACCGAGCUUCCUAAUUUUCAGGGGCAAUGGAAACCAGAGCUCCAUCUUUAAAGAUGCAUGAGACAUCUUGAACAACAGAGCGCAAGAGGUGGAGACUCAGAUAGAGAAAGUGCUUCUGUGUCAGAGAGAGUGAAACUAGGGAAGGGGAGGCGCGUGGAGGUGACAGUAAAGGGCCAAAGUUACGGCAGAGCACAGCGGGGGGCCUACACCUGCUGAAUGAACCCUGUUAGUGUCGGGGAGUACCAUGGGCUACGGGUGGGCUCAGCCUUGCUCGGCAUUGUGGCAGGCUGCAUCAUCAUUGGGGUCUCCAGGGAGUGUGAUGCUGACGCUGUAGGAGGUAUCUUCCUGGGAGCAGGGGGCCUUGGCCUUCUCAUAUCCAUAUAUCCCUUCAUCAAAGCCUGGCUGAACAUCAACCACAUUCUUCCAUCCUUUGGAAACUUCAGAGUGCACCCUGCAGCCGUCAUUCCUGCACCGGAACAAGUGAUUGAAACCAUAAGAAGAGAUGGGACACAGAGUCAGCUUAAUCUGGAACGUUGCAAGAGUCGCAUGGGUACCUUUGUGGAUGGGGGACCGGUGGCUGAGACCAACCCGGAUGAGGGGACAUCUUCAGACAUGCCAGAUGUCUUAUCAAGAUGGAAACAAAAGCCGUCAUCUGCCGAUCAAGACCUGCCUUGAUGUCGUCAUGCGAUUUGUCUGGCCCUCGUGAUUCAGCUCCUCCACUGAGCUUUUUCAUUAGGCUUCUUUUAAGUGUGACACAUGAUAUUGACUUAAAGGUUUUUGAUUUUUCUGUAGAUGUGUUGAAUCGUAUUUGUCGAGAUCUUGCACAUCUGAAGACAAAAUAAUGGCACUCAGUGAAGUAUUUUUACUCUUCCUGAUACUCGGAGAACCAUAUCACACCCAGUGUAACCCCACUUGCUUGCAGCUCAUCUCAUCUUCACACAAUGUUCCCAGCCACCAAUUAGGAAAUAAUUAUGGUUGUUAUGUGCUAAUGGGACUCGUGUGAUUUAGCUCAAGUUCCCUGGCUUUGAUUUGACACGAGUGGCACUAAUGGGAACACAUGCAUGUGUGUAGGUCCACACAUGCAUGCACACGGGGAACUGCACCCCGCAGUGAGACAUAAAGCAUUGAUAUUCAGGAGAGCACAGACAGAAUGGGUGCUGCAUGGGAAGUGGCAGGGGAAAGAACGCUGUGCUCUGACAUAAAGCGUGAGGUGCUUUGAGGCAGAAUAGCGCUGGGCCGUGUUGACGUGUUUCUCUGCAACAGGAGCACAAGCACUAUGCCGCGCCAUGAUGACAACCAUCAGUUUGAUUGCCAGCCUUCAAUUUACAACGCCUCACCACGGCCACUCUUUGUCUGCAUGACAAACAUUGAAUGGCGUGAGACACAAAUUAACUGAACAUCAUCCAGAAUGGGUGUACAGUCAAAACACAAGUAUGCAGUUACUGUUCAAAAUUCUCAGGGCGCCACCAGCUCUUUUUUUUUUGUCUUCUUGUCUGUCAAAUUCUGUCUUUGAUCCCUCACUGUUUUUGUAAGUUCACCCACUGACAAACAAAUUAACGGUCUAUACUUUUAAUUGUAGGUUUCUUUUAACAGGGAGAGACAGAAUAUCAAAAGGAAAAGCCAGAAAAUCAUGUAAAACAAAAGAUUUUGCAAUUCAUUGAGUGAAAUAAGUAUUUGACCCCCUAGCAAAACAUUACUAAGUUCUUGGUGGAGAAACCCUGUAACCCAAGUACAGAGGUCAGACGUUUCUUGUAGUUGAUCACCAGGUUUGCACACAUCUCAGGCUCAUCAUCACGAAUUUUGGACCGCUCCUCUUUGCAGAUCCUCUCCAAAUCCUUAAGGUUUUGAGGCUGUCGCUUGGCAACUUGAAGCCUCAGCUCCCUCCACAGAUUUUCUAUAGAAUUUAAGUCCGAAUACUGGCUAUGUCUCUCCAUGACCUCAAUGUGCUUCAUUUUAUGCCACCCCCUCGUUAGAGACUGACCUCCAAUGAAACGUACAUAUAGGUCGUAUGCAGGAAGUAUGUCUACGUUUUCAAAACCAGCGCCCCUAGCGGUUGUAUACAUCUAGUAGCUUCGCUGAGAUCGAGAGCGCUGCACCCGAGUGUGGUCGACAAGGGUUCGACUACCUAACUAUACCACCUUUUUAAUGUUUUUUUUUAAUUUUUACUGCCUAACCCUG